AUGGCUGAGUAUCGACAUUAUGCUGUCCCGAACCCUGAAUGGGUUGAUUUCCCCAACAACCUCCCGCUAGGGACUCAUGUGCAUGGCAUGAACAGGGACCGACUGCCCAUCAAACCGCAAGAAGGGCUACAUAUCGAGGAGUUUGAUGUCCCUGCUCGAGAUGACUACCCUGUCCGAAUACGAAUCUACCGAAAGCCAGAGUCUAAUGACUUGCCAUUGUUCAUCUACAUGCACGGGGGUGGCUAUGUUACUGGUAGCUUGGAGACGGAUGACCGUUCCUGUCGCAAGAUCGCGGCUGAGAUUGAUGUCCUCGUUCUGAGUAUCGAGUAUCGCCUGGCUCCCGAGCAUAAAUUUCCAAUUGGAUUCGGUGAUGCGUAUGACGUUGUGAAAUGGGCUACGCUCGAGUCUUCACAAGCCCAACUACGCAUCAACCUCACGAAAGGCUUCGUCUUAGGCGGCACUUCAGCUGGCGCGAAUUUCACGGCAGGCAUCUCGCACCUUGCGCGGGACAAAGCCCUUUCGCCACCAUUAUCAGGUUUGAUCUUUCUGGCAGGCAGUUUCUGCCACCCGGACGCACGACCGGAAGAGUAUCGAGAUCGGAUCCUGAGCGUCGAUGAGAUCAACGAUGCCCCUGGGUUGACGAGGAAGAGUAUCGACUAUUUUGCCGCCAAAUACGGUGCACCACCGUCAGACAAACGUUUGUCACCAUUGCUGUUUGAGUCACACGCGAACCUGGCUAAGAAAGCACUGUUCUCCGUCUGUGGUUGGGAUCCGAGACGAGAUGAAGCGAUCCUCCUCGAGCAUAUACUCAGAAGCGAAGGCGUCGAUACACGCAUCAAGAUCCAUAGCGGCCUGCCGCAUGGUUUCUGGGCGACGUGUCCGGAGUUGCCGGUGUCGCUUGCAUGGGAGCAAGAAUUUGUGAGAGAUAUCAGGUGGAUUCUUCAGUGA